AAAUUAGCUAGGCACAGGAAUCUGCUUGCACUCCACCUUCGCUCAGAGGCUCAGAGCUUAGAACACUAACAUUUCUGAACACGGAAGAUAGCUAAACCAGCAAAGGGGAAAGGAGCCUCCUUAACAACACCUGCUGUCGGAGGUUGCUAUGGCAGCGGCAAGAGGAAGCAGUCCCGGGCAGUUCAGAAGCACUUCCGGGCGACGAGGUCUAGCUUUGGCUGGAGGAACAGGGAGAAGAGAUUUGAGGUCACUGGAGGCACAGCUGGAAAUACACACCAUGGCUGCUGAAUUGGACUUCACACCCCCAGAAAUCCCAGAGCCAACAUUCAUGGAGAACAUCCUACAUUAUGGCUUGUUUUUUGGAGCCAUUUUCCAGCUCAUCUGUGUAUUGGCUAUAAUCCUUCCCAUUCCAAAGUCAUAUAAAACGGAUACAGAAGGCUUCGAAUCAAAAAGCUCAGAAGUGGUGAAAAAAAACAAAGCUACUGCUGCAUCAGCAAGCAAGAAACCAAAGAAAGAAACGAAGAAGAAACGAUAAAACAGCAAAAAAGAUUGUUUGUGAACAGUUUUGUUUGAAUACAUUGGUGAAGAAGAACAUAAGACAUUUUAAAAGCACCCAAUACACCUAUGCUUAUAUCCUCAUUCCUGGUAUAGCAAAGCAAUUUUUAAAAAGGUGACAAUUAUUGUUUCUUAUGAUGUGCAUUUCCUUCUUUAGGAUGCAACGUCUUACCAAGAACUGGAGGUGGGAGGAAAGUGGGAUAUUUCCUUUGUGACGCUUGAGGUGUGAAAUACAGGUCUUAUAAAAGGAAAUUGGAUCAUGCAAAAUGCCUCCCCCCCAUAUUUGUAAGAGCAAAGGGAUCAUGUAAUACACUUUUGGAUUUUGUAUGUUAAUGAUGUGUUCAAUAUGCCUGAUUUUGUAAUUUAAUGAUCAUAUUUUCACUUUAUUAAAAAAAAGUCUCUGGAUUCUAA